CGGAACCGGCCUCGGAGCGUUGGCGGAACCUGCGGCCGCCUGCCCUCCCGCCCCAUGGAGCGGCCCCCGGGGCUGCGGCCGGGCGCGGGCGGGCCCUGGGAGAUGCGGGAGCGGCUGGGCACCGGCGGCUUCGGGAACGUCUGCCUGUACCAGCACCGGGAACUUGAUGUCAAAAUAGCAAUUAAAUCAUGUCGACUAGAGCUGAGUACCAAAAACAGAGAGCGAUGGUGCCAUGAAAUCCAGAUCAUGAAGAAGUUGAACCAUGAGAAUGUUGUAAAGGCCUGCGAUGUUCCUGAGGAAUUGAAUUUUUUAAUUAAUGAUGUGCCUCUUCUAGCAAUGGAAUACUGUUCCGGAGGAGAUCUCCGGAAGCUACUGAACAAACCAGAAAAUUGCUGUGGACUUAAAGAAAGCCAGAUUCUUUCUUUACUGAGUGAUAUAGGGUCUGGGAUCCGAUAUUUGCAUGAAAACAAAAUUAUACAUCGUGAUCUGAAACCCGAAAACAUAGUUCUUCAGGAUGUUGGUGGAAAGAUUAUGCAUAAAAUAAUUGAUCUGGGAUAUGCAAAAGAUGUUGAUCAGGGAAGUCUGUGCACAUCUUUUGUGGGGACAUUACAGUAUCUGGCCCCAGAGCUCUUUGAGAAUAAGCCUUACACAGCCACUGUUGAUUAUUGGAGCUUUGGGACCAUGGUGUUUGAAUGUAUUGCUGGAUAUAGGCCUUUUUUGCAUCAUCUGCAGCCAUUUACAUGGCAUGAGAAGAUUAAGAAGAAGGAUCCAAAGUGUAUAUUUGUAGGUGAAGAGAUGACAGGAGAAGUUCGGUUUAGUAGCCACUUACCUCAACCAAAUAGCCUUUGUGGUUUAAUAGUAGAACCCAUGGAAAGCUGGCUACAGUUGAUGCUAAAUUGGGAUCCUCAGCAAAGAGGAGGACCUGUUGAUGUUACUUCGAAGCAGCCAAAAUGUUUUUUAUUAAUGGAUCAUAUUCUGAAUUUGAAGAUAGUACACAUCUUAAAUAUGACUUCUGCCAAGUUAAUUUCCUUUCUUUUGCCACCGGAUGAAAGUCUUCAUUCACUACAGUCUCGCAUUGAGCGUGAAACUGGAAUAAAUACCGUUUCUCAAGAGCUUCUUUCAGAGAUGGGAAUUUCUCUGGAUCCUCGGAAACCAGCCUCUCAGUGUGUUCUAGAUGGAGUUAGAGGUUGUGAUAGCUAUAUGGUUUACUUGUUUGAUAAAAGUAAGACUGUGUAUGAAGGACCGUUUGCUUCCAGAAGUUUAUCUGACUGUGUAAAUUAUAUUGUACAGGACAGCAAAAUACAGCUUCCAAUUAUACAGCUACGUAAAGUAUGGGCCGAAGCAGUGCACUAUGUGUCGGGGCUGAAAGAAGACUACAGCAGGCUCUUUCAGGGGCAGAGAGCAGCCAUGCUAAGUCUUCUUAGAUAUAAUGCUAACUUGACAAAAAUGAAGAACAUGUUGAUUUCAGCAUCUCAGCAACUGAAAGCUAAAUUGGAAUUUUUUCAUAAAAGCAUUCAGCUUGACUUGGAAAGAUAUAGUGAGCAAAUGACUUAUGGAAUAUCCUCAGAAAAAAUGUUAAAAGCAUGGAAGGAGAUGGAAGAAAAGGCUAUUCACUAUGCUGAGGUGGGCGUCAUUGGAUACCUGGAGGAUCAGAUCAUGUCCCUGCACACUGAAAUCAUGGAGCUACAGAAGAGCCCCUAUGGAAGACGCCAGGGAGACACGAUGGAGUCUCUAGAACAGCGUGCCAUUGAUCUGUAUAAGCAGUUAAAGCACAGACCUCCAGAUCACUCCUACAGUGACAGUACGGAUAUGGUGAAGGUCAUUGUGCACACCGUGCAGAGUCAGGACCGCGUUCUCAAGGAGCUGUUCGGUCAUCUGAGCAAGUUGUUGGGCUGUAAGCAGAAGAUUAUUGAUCUCCUGCCCAAGGUGGAAAUGGCCCUCAGUAACAUCAAAGAAGCUGACAAUGCUGUCAUGUUUAUGCAGGGAAAGAGGCAAAAAGAAAUAUGGCAUCUCCUUAAAAUUGCUUGUACACAGAGUUCUGCCCGAUCCCUUGUAGGAUCCAGUCUAGAAGGCGCAGUAACCCCUCAGGCAUCAGCAUCGCUGCCCCCAACUUCAGCAGAACAUGAACCUUCUCUGUCAUGUGUGGUAACUCCUCAAGAUGGCAUACGAUGUGCCGUAUCAAGAGCCAGUGGCUCUUUGCUAGCUUGUGUAUUGUCGCUUUUCUCACAACUCAUGGAGACCUCUACAAGCACCAGCAGUUCCUGGAAGUUCUGCCCAUAAUUAGUUUUGCAGAAGUGCAGCCAUGUUACAUCACUGCUCAGGAGGUCAUGCAGCUGCACAUUCUUUUACUCUGCUUUUAUGAGAGAAAAGUACAUGGCAGGAAGGCAAGUUGAUAUCAGGUAUUUUAUUCUUUUAAAGAAAGCAAGUUCCAGGGUGUAUCUUGGGGUCAUUAUAGAUUUGGCCCAGAGUAAUACACCCACAGCUGUAGCAGAGAUUAUAACUAAUUAUAGACUUCAGCAAAUAUCCCAUAAUCAGAAUUGAGGCAAACAAAAGUUAAUACUUUACUAACCUUUUUGCUUUCAUAAAAGACAUUUAUGUUUGUUAGGGGUUUUUAAUGGUUGCAAACGUCACCUUUACACAGGUAAUUUCCAACUUGAUUAUUUGCAAAAGUGUAUUUCACAGGGAUUUACAAUAUAUUUUAUAGUAGGAACUUAUUGUAAAGGAAAAGUAAUUUCACUUAUAAUGUACUCAUGGUACAUAACCAUCAUUGAUUAGGAACUUUUAGCUUCAAUUUUUUUCAUCUGUUGAAUUAGAGCUGAAUUGGAAUUUAGUUCUGAGUUAAUAGUGGCUAUCAUCCAUGGUCCAAAGCUGAUUCUCGUAGGGUAAGGACUAAGGCUUGGUAAAAGGGGAGGACAGUGGCCAUGUGGAGAGGAAAGCGUAGAAGGUGGGAACCAGAAUCAGGAUUUCCCUCAAAUAUAAACUUCCAGGAAUACUUCUUGGUUCUCAGUAGCUCCCCCAUCACACUGUUUCUUUUGCUGUCCUCAGGAAUCAGCUUGCUUGUGUUCUUUUUCAUUGCUGUCAUCUGCAGUUUUCAGCCAGAGUUGUUUUACUUCCCUAAUCUUUACAGAACAGAUUAUAUUUUCAUAUCGUCUCUCCUCAUUUGCGUCUCUGAAGUAAGCUUAUUGGUGUUUUCCAUACUUGUAAGGGAAGUCCAGAAACCAGAAAAAAUUAAAAAGAGACUUUUUAUCUACCUGUGCCACAGAUUCCCUCCUCCACCCCAGUUAGCAUUUUCAGGGGGGAAUAGCUGUGUGUAAAUGCCACUUAUAUUUCAGAGACAAAUAUGCAGUGCUAGUGAAUUUUUUGUCACCAGGGCUGGGCCAAGGCACUGCGUGGAGUAAGCAGCAGGACUCUGCCUCUGGGUGAGGAAACAGAGACUAAAGGAGUCACCUGCAUUGGGUGCUACGUAUCAGAGGGGCAGGCCCCUUCGACCACGGAGACUAGAAACUAGAGGAAACUCACAAGCCCUUUUGCUGAAUUUGAACAGGCUUUGUUUUUUCCAUCUCAUAGGGAGACUUCAGCACAAAUGAUAGAAGAAAAUUUGAACUGUCUUGGCCAUUU